GCAGCAGGGGCUGCUGGGGCAGAGGAGGAGGAGGUGGAGGUGGAGGGGGCGGGGAGCAGCAGCAGCAGCAGGAAGGGGAGGAUGCGGUGGCAGCAGGGCCGGCCGAAGCCGCGCAACCCGGUUAAGACGCUGCGGCGUGUGGAUGUGGUGGAGCUGGGGGAGGCGGCGCCGGGGGGCGUCAGGAUUGAGGUUGAGGGCAACGGCUUCCUGUACAAGAUGGUUCGCCACAUCGCGGGGGCGCUGGUGGCGGUGGGCGAGGAGCGGCUGCGGGCGGGGGCGCUGCAGCGGCUACUGGAGCUGGGCAGCGCCGCGCCGCCGGGAUGCAACGGCACCCACCGGGGUUACAACGUGGCGCCCGCAAGGGGGCUGUGCCUGCAUGAGGUCUUCUAUGACCCACGGGUCGAUGACCCCAGUGCCCUGCUGUACCCGGAGCUGGCGCAUGACGAGCACGGGCGGCUGCUGGAGGGCAUCCCCGACCACCUGAGGUCGGACGAGGAGUGAUUCGACAUGCCAGCGCGUGCGAGAGCCGCUUGGAUCGCGGGAAGCAAUGCACGUUUCACGGCGACCUGAUGCUUAGGACGUUGGCAGAGCUGGAUGACUGUGGAAUUAGGGCCGCACGAAAGGCAGGGAAAGCAGUUCUGGAAGUGCAUGGCCGAUUGACACGGACUUGCGAGGUUGGCCGCGCUUGGCCACCCCAAACAGGCACAGGGUGUCCAUGCCACAUCUUCUUGCCCUGGUCGCAUGGCAUUGCUCUGAAGGAGCGACGUGCUGUGUGACAACCGUUGGACCGGGCUACGCGUGACAACCAACCAGGGAACAACAGUGGAUUGGGUAACCAGCUGGUCGCUUCCUGGUGCUUGUUUGCAACAUGCUGCCAGCAGCGCAAUGGGCUGCAUGCGGACUAAGGCACGCGGCUGGCAGGGACCUUGGCGAGUGAACUCAAGGGCAGCACUAGGGGGUCGACGUGACGUGCCCGA